AUGUCAUUUAAUACAUCAACGUUAUGUACUCUAUGUAGUACUCAACCAGGUGGAACAUUAUGUGCUGGUUGUCAACGUACAUUUUGUUUUCCAUGUUUAAAAAAACAUCGCGAUGGAUUAGCACUUGAAUUAGAUGAUCUUUUCAAUCGUCGAAAUGAACUUAUGGAAUUAAUUAAUAAUUCUUUAUCAAAUCUAGAUCCUUGCUCAGAUGAAAUUAAUCGAUGGCAAAAUGAAAUGCAUGCAAAUAUUGAUCGUAUUGCAUUAGAAGCUCGAAAUAAUAUUAAAAAAAUUGUUUCAGAAACAAAUCAAAAUAUUCGAAAUGAACUCGAACAAAUUUCACAAGUUUUACAACAAAAACAAAAAACUGAAAGUUAUAUUGAAGAUGAUCUCAAUCGAAUAAAACAACAAUUAAUUAAACUUAAUUUAACAAUUCGUCAAUGUAAUGAACAAGCUCAUGUUGAUACAUCAAAUUCAAAAAAUAUUAAUUGGGAUUCAUUAUUAUUCAUUGUACCAAAUAGAGAUAAUCAAAUACCUAAAGCACCUACUGCUCCAUCACCAAGUCAUAGCCUAUAUAGCUCAUUUCAACAACAACCAAGUUAUACGAUGUCCAUCCCUCGUCAAUAUAUGCCCCCAUAUACAUCGUCACCUACAUCUACACCAUACUUAGCUAAUAAUCAUCGACCUGUUGGACGGAGUGCAUCGGUAAGUAUGAAUUCUCGUGGUCUUACUUAUACAUGUGUUUGUUGUAAAACAACGAAUGUCUUGAAUGAAAAUGGACCUAAUAUUUGUAAAAUAUGUCGAUCUGUUCCGCCAUUUUAA